GAUUGCUUGCUAUUACUUAACUAGGGGGCUUGCUGCAGGAGUGCUACCAGAUUCCAAGGAAGGCAAGCCGACAAACAACUUUCGGACAAAUGGAAGAUCAGCAAGAGCGAGCAGGCCAAUUCCGCGCCGUGGACAUCGCUUCCCUGGCCCAAGAGUUGAGGGAGCAGCGAGCCGCCGCCAACUCCUCAGCGGCACAACUCGACGGUGUCUCCGCUAUCAUCAUCGCCGAGGUCGAUGGCCCGACCCGCAACGUCGACCCGGCGGAGUACGACCCGCAUCACGUCUCCAUUGGGCCGUACCACCGGAUCAAGAACCCUGGCCUCGCGAGGGACGACGAGAAAAUAAGAAGUCUUGACGCCAUCAUGUCGGCGGCGAGCCCCAGUACGACGGAGGAGGUUUACCUAGGGGAGCUGGCGCGCCUUGAGGGCCGCGCGAGAAGAUGCUACGCCCAUACUUUUGGCAUGGAGAGCAAGGAGUUCCUGACCAUGCUGUUACUCGACGGCUGCUAUGUGCUCGCCCACUUCGGUGACGUCCAGACCGUCGACGGCGUACGUCGCAGGAGUGGUGGGCCUGCCGUCAAUGGCCACGUGCAGGGAGCGUUCCACCGCAGCAGCGCCGAGCCGGAGGCAGUCGCGGUAGUGCGAGACGUGUUCUACCUCGCGGAGAACCAGAUACCGUUCUUCGUCGUCGACAUGAUCCGCAAGCUAACCAUUUCAUACGACGGCGUUCUAGAGGUGGACCCGAUCGCCGGGUAUGUCCGGGAAAUCCUCGACAAGCACCAGUACUCCGUGGCGACGCCAGCGGUCGUGGAGCCAGGCAAUCUUCUGCACCUGCUACACAUGCACUUGAGGCCCACUAUACUCUCGCCAGCCACGGGCGAUGAAGCCACACCCACCGGCUUGCCGGUGGGCCGGUGGCGCACGGCGAUGGAAUACCGCUUUGUCGGCGUGAAGUUCAAGAGUCGGCCCAUCGGCAUCACCGACAAAGCCCGCUGCAUCCUCGACGUAAGCUUUGACAGUGGGGGCAACACGCUGGAGGUCCCCUGCUUGAACAUCGACGCCGAGACGUUCAGGAUCCUUCGCAACCUGAUGGCGCUCGAGAAGCACAACCCAGACGCGGCCGGGAGCAGCGUCACGGCGUACUGCGUGUUCAUGUCGCAGAUGGCAUGCACCGAGGGGGACGUGGAGCUCCUCUCCAGGAUAGGGGUCAUCGUGCACCGCCUCGGCAACCACAAGGAGGUCUCCACUUGGUUCUCCGACCUCUGCAAGGGGGUAGUGUUCGACGCAGACGAUCCCGACCGCAACUACCUUCGGGCGAUGUGCCAGGCGCUUGAGAAGCGAUUCAGGAGCCGCCCGCGGCGAUGGAUGGCGUUGCUGGGGCAGAAGUACUUCGCCAACCCGUGGCUCGGCGUCGGGGUCAUCGCGGCGGCCAUCGGGCUAGCUUGCGCCGUGGUGCAAGCAGUUUACUCUGUUCUGAGUUACAGACAAGGAGCAGUGAAGUAGAAUUGCUGCUGCGUAUGAAGUGAACAUGUCUGUAGUUACUACUGCUCGUGCCGUGCUUUACGCCUGGUGUGUUAGCGUGUGUAUGCAUGGCAUUAUAGCCUACAGUCGUGUCAUUGUACUAAUUUGGAGUUUUGCAUUAUUUGCAUGCGA